AUGGCCGACCAGAUGUCUCUCGAGCCCGUGAAGCUCAUCAGCCUUGAAGAAAUGCAAGGCUGCAUGGCCGCCUGCUACGAAUGGGCCGACUCCUACGACAGCAAGAACUGGAAGCGCCUCGAAAAGUGCAUCGCCCCCACCCUCCGCAUCGACUACCGCUCCUUCCUCAACAAGCUCUGGGAAGCCAUGCCCGCCGCUGAAUUCGUCCAGAUGGCCUCUGACCCCAACGUCCUCGGCGACCCCCUCCUCAUGACCCAGCACUUCAUCGGCGGCACGAAGUGGGAGAAAGUCUCCGACACCGAAAUCACCGGCUACCACCAACUCCGCGUGCCGCACCAGCGGUACAAGGACGCCAGCCGCAAGGAAGUCGUGGUCAAGGGCCACGCGCACUCGUUCAACACGCACUGGUACAAGAAGGUCGACGGGGUGUGGAAGUUCGCGGGUCUCUGCCCGGAUAUCAGGUGGGGCGAGUAUGAUUUCGAUCGGGUCUUUGAGGCGGGGAGAAGCGAUCUGGGUGAGGAUGAGGAGAAGAAGGCUAUGGGUGUGCCGCCGUCAUCGUAA